AUGCAGUUAAAUCAUUCUUUUGUUCACUUUAUUUCACUUCACGCAGUCUAUCAGUUGUUUUGUACCGUGCAGUCUAUCAUUGUUUUGUACCGUGCAGUCUAUCACUUACUUUUUUCCAGGCUUUCUCACAUUUUCAACGAAUGCAGUUUUUACCUUGUCACGUUCCAUAUAGUUUAUCACGUUUUAUUACACGUUAUCUAUCGCUCGUUGUUUCAUUCAGUCUCUCACUUCUUUAGUUGCACGCAGCCUAUCACUUGUUUUGUCCCAUGCUCUUUAUGCCUUCUUCCGUUACAUACAGUCUUUCACUUGUUUUGUCCCAUGCUCUUUAUGCCUACUUCCGUUACAUACAGUCUUUCACUUGUUUUGUCCCAUGCUCUUUAUGCCUACUUCCGUUACAUACAGUCUUUCACUUGUUUUGUCCCAUGCUCUUUAUGCCUUCUUCCGUUACAUACAGUCUUUCACUUGUUUUGUCCCAUGCUCUUAAUGCCUUCUUCCGUUACAUACAGUCUUUCACUUGUUUUGUCCCAUGCUCUUAAUGCCUUCUUCCGUUACAUACAGUCUUUCACUUGUUUUGUCCCAUGCUCUUUAUGCCUUCUUCCGUUACAUACAGUCUUUCACUUGUUUUGUCCCAUGCUCUUUAUGCCUUCUUCCGUUACAUACAGACUUUCACUUGUUUUGUCCCAUGCUCUUUAUGCCUUCUUCCGUUACAUACUGUCGACCGUUCGUUCAUAUAUUGAAUAUUCCUGUCAAAUUUACUUCUUCUAUCUAUCUAUCUAUCUAUCUAUCUAUCUAUAA